AUGGUGCCCCAGAGCAGGACAAAUGAAAGAAUAAGCUGCUAUUUCAUUGGGUAUGAGGGAGGAAUUGGACAAAUAGUGGUUGCACUUGAAUCAACUGUAGGGACUCUUAUCUCGGCCUUAUCCAGGGCUGCAAGAAAAGUCAAACUGGUCAACAGGCAAUGCAGGCCCGACGAACCUGAAAUUUCGAGCUCCAAACCAUUCACAGAACAUGAAGUCCUGCAUGGACCGGCUCUUCAGCACAUUCCCAAUCUUGCGUGUGCCAUUCACACACUUUUCUACAUCCACAGGGUUGGAAAAGUAAUUGAAUCGAAGAAUUGGGUCGUUGCUUCGCUCCUCCUCUCGGAGUUACUCGCCGAAACUCUUAAAAACCUAUACUCAAUUACAUCGAUCCUCUCCUUGAAAGACAGGAUGAAUCAGAAGAGCAACUUUCAGGCAGCGGCAGCAGUGUGUGUGGUUCCAGGUGCCGCCGCGUCAUUGAGAUCCGCAGGGUGGCGGAGACUUCGAUUGUACUUAUGGGAUGGUAGGCUUAGUAGGGCUCGAACCUACAAUAUCACCGUUAUGAGCGGUACGUUUCAACCAAUUAAACUAUAA